AUAGCCAUGGGGUGACCAUGGCCGAGGUCACUCAGGGGCCAUCACCGGGAGGUGACCACAGCCAGGAUGACCACGGGGACACGGAUGGGAUGACCAUGGGGACAUGGCCGUGGGGUGACCACAAGGCCAUCGCCAUGGGGUGACCAUGGCCAGGAUGACCACGGGGACAUGGCUGUGGUCACACAGGGGACAUCACCGUGAGGUGACCAUGGCCAGGAUGACCACAGGGACACGGCCGGGAUGAGCAUGGGGACAUUGCCAUGGGGUGACCACAGCCAGGAUGACCACGGGGACACGGCCGAGGUCACUCAGGGGACAUCACCUGGGGGUGACCACAGCCAGGAUGACCGGGGGGACAUGGCCAGGAUGACCACGGGGACAUCACUGUGGGGUGACCACAGCCAGGAUGACCAUGGGGACAUGGCCGAGGUCACUCAGGGGACAUCACCCAUGGGGCCACCCCAGACACCAGGUCCCCCCCGUGUCCCCUCCGUGUCCCCUCCGUGUCCCCCCCGUGUCCCCUGCAGCUCCCGUCCCCCGGGAACGGCCGAACCGGGCGGGAGCGGCGCCGAUCCCGCAGGAAUCGCUGGAGGAUCCAUCCCGGGCGGCUCCGGGAUCCCCAGAUCCCAGGGGAGGGAUCCGGGGGGGAUCCGAGCGUCCGAGGAUCCCGCGGGGACGGACGGACAGUCCGGGAAUCCUCGCCAGUCCAGUCCUCGGGAGAGCCAUGGGGAUCCGGGAAAGGGAUCCGGCGGGAUCCAGGAGGGAUCUGGGGGAGAUCUGGUGAAACCAAAAGGGAUCUGGUGCGGCCAGGAGAGCCCUGGAGGAUCCCAGGCGAGUCUGGAGGAUCCGUGUGAGACCCGGAGGAUCCGGGAGGGAUCUGCUGGAUCCAAGGGGGGCCUGCUGGAACCAGGAGGGAUCUGGAGGGUCCAGGUGGGAUCUGGUGCUGAGGAGGAGCCUUGGAAGCUUCAAAAAGUGCUGGGAGAGGAGCUCGGGGAGAGUCCCAGGGCGGGAUCGGGGCUGGGAUCGGGGCUGGGAUCUGGUGGGAUCCGGGCUGGGAGCGGGCUGGGAAUCUGGGCUGGAAUCCUCGCUGUAAGCUGGCUGGAUCCAGGCUGGAUCCCGAUGGAUCCCGGUGGAUCCCUCCUCAGUCGCUGCAGCACUGCCCCGGCCCCGCAGGCUGGGCGGGAGCUCGAUCCCAUUGGAUCCUGGCUUGAUCCAGGCUGGAUCACGGCUGGAUUUGAGCUGGACCCUGGCUGGACUUGGGCUGGAUUUGAGCUGGAUCCCGGCUGGAUUUGA